UAUGCAGAGUCUUGCUUGGCAUCAUCUAUAGAUAUACAUUUGACCAGUUUUAUUUAAAUGAAAUUCAUUCUAAUUGAGCUCCAUUUAAUUAGUUGCAUACCUUCGUUUUCAAAUGAUGAAGCAUUUGAUCUUCAACAAAAUCCUGCGCAUGCUGUUUGUAUCCAUAAUCUUUCCACAACUCUCAGUUUCUGUAGAUACACUCCUCCCAAAUCAAACAUUAGCCGUCGGGCAGAGUUUGGUGAGUCAAAACCAAGUUUUCGAGCUGCAAUUUCUGCGCCCCGGAAACUCAAGCACCUUCUUGGGCAUACGCUACAAAGGCACACCAGAUGUCGUAGCUUGGGUUGCAAACAGAAACAAUCCCAUCACAGACGCGCAAGGAGUCGUCUUCGCCGUCGCCGGAAACGGCACUCUCCUCAUAACCAGAAAUGGAAACGUUAUCUGGUCGGCGAGUCCGUCAACGGUGGCAUCGCGUCCAUUUGUACGCCUCCUGGACACCGGCAACCUGGUUGUUGUGGAUGACACGACGCUUGAAGAAGGCAACUCCAUCUUGUGGCAGGGUUUUGAUCAUCCAACUGACACCAUGUUGCCCGGAAUGAAGAUCCUCGAUGAUCUCGAUUCCGGUGUUGAGACGAACUUGACAUCCUGGAGAAAUUUGGAUGAUCCUUUGCCUGGAGAGUUUGUGUUCAAGAUCAUGAAUCGUGGACUGCCUCAGAUGGUGAUUUGCAGAGGAGAGAGCAUAUUUUAUCGAACUGGAAUAUGGAAUGGGCUUCAGUUUAGCAGUAUGCCAUCUCUGUUGAAUUCAGUUUUCCACCCUGAUUUCAAUAUAAGCCAUGGGAGGUUGAUAUCUGUGAGCAAGGCUUAUAACAGCUCACUUUUCACAAGAAUGAAUCUCGACGCAUCCGGCUUGAUCCAGCGGUACACGAUGAACUCACGGAGAGAUAUGUGGAAUCUUGCUUACAAAUUUCAACAAGACAGAUGUGAUGAGUAUGGUAGUUGUGGGGCGCAUGCAGUCUGCAGCAUUGAGAAAAUGCAGAAAUGCGAGUGUCUCAAGGGAUAUGAACCCACUUCACCAAAUGAUUGGGACCUUCAAGAUUGGUCUCGUGGAUGCAGGAGAGUUAAGCCGUUGGAUUGCAAGGGCGGUGGAGAUGGUUUUCUUGAGGUUAGAGGGGUCAAUUAUCCUGAUAUGUUGCAGUUUUGGUUGAAUACUAGCAUGAGCCUUGAGCAGUGCAAAGCUGAGUGCUUGAGAAACUGCAACUGCUCCGCUUGUACUAAUUCAGACGUUACUAAUGGAGGCAGUGGCUGCCUCAUGUGGCUCGGGGAUCUCGUUGAUAUCAGAGAAGUUUCUGAAGCAGACAGUAACCAGAAAUUGUAUCUCCGCUUACCAAUUUCAGAACUAGGUGCUACCACCAAUGAGGAGGAAAAGAGAAGAAGAAGAAGAAGGCCUACAAAAGUUAUAGUGAUAGCUGUUACAUCUGCAGUUCUUUCAGCAGGCCUUAUCGUUGGAGUGUUACUUUUAAAGACAAGACGAAAAAGGCCAGCAUCAAAUUCAGAUGAAGUUAACAGUGAAGAUCUAGAAUUACCAUUAUUCAAGUUUGCAACUGUUUUGACUGCAACAAACGGCUUCUCUAGGGAGAACCUCAUUGGAGAGGGAGGUUUCGGCCUUGUCUACAAGGGGAAGUUAUCUGUAGAUGAAGAAAUAGCCAUCAAAAGAUUGUCUACAACUUCCCAACAAGGCCUCAAAGAGUUCAAGAAUGAAGUUAUCUUGAUUGCCAAACUUCAACAUAGAAACCUUGUCAGACUUUUGGGCUGCUGCAUUGAAGGAGAAGAGAGAAUGCUGAUCUAUGAAUACCUGAAGAACAGAAGCCUUAACUAUUUUGUUUUUGAUCAAAACCAAAGGAAACUAUUGACAUGGUCUAAGCGCUUUGACAUUAUCAUGGGCAUCGCAAGGGGACUGUUAUAUCUUCAUCAAGACUCCAGAUUAAAGAUUAUCCAUAGGGAUCUAAAGACGAGCAAUAUUCUACUAGAUGGAGAUUUGAAUCCGAAGAUCUCAGACUUUGGAUUAGCAAGAAUUUUUGGAGAGGACCAAUCUAUUGCUAAAACAAAACGAGUUAUUGGGACCUAUGGCUAUAUGGCUCCAGAAUACGCUAUUGAUGGGAAGUAUUCGGUGAAAUCGGACAUCUUUGCCUUGGGAGUGAUACUGUUAGAGAUUGUGAGUGGAAAGAAGAACAAUGGCUUCGAUCACUGUGAUCACUAUCAUAGCCUUUUGGGACAUGCAUGGUUACUGUGGAAAGAAAACAACAUUCUGGAGCUACUGGAUGAAUGUUUGAGCAAUACAUUUAUCGAAUCUCAAGUGAAGAGAUGCAUACAUGUGGGGUUAUUAUGUGUUCAAAAAUUUGUAGAAGAUAGGCCAGCCAUAUCAUCUGUGGUUUCCAUGUUAGGAGGUGAUGGAGAUAUUCUUCCAGAACCUAAGGAACCUGGAUUUUUUGCUGAAAGGAGUCCGAGCUGCAGAACAAGAUCAUGUGAGGACACAUUCACCAUCACUGAGUUAGAAGCAAGAUCGGUAAACAUAAACCUUAUUCAAGUCUUUGUUAUGUUGGUCACAUUUGGAUGCAAACUAGAGUUCAAUCUAAAUCCUAUUCAUUUUUCAGGAAUGGCAAACUUCAUGCUCAACAAAAGCGUCUACAAGCUGGUCCUGUUCAUCUCCUUUCUUAAACUCUCAGUUUCUAAAGAUACACUCUUUCCAAAUGAAACUAUGAGUGUUUUGCAGACUUUGGUUUCUGAAAGCCAAGUUUUCGAGCUGGGAUUUUUCCGACCUGGGAAAUCCACAAACAGCUUCUUGAGCGUACGCUACAAGAGCACACCAGAUGUCGUAGUUUGGGUUGCAAACAGAAACAUUCCCAUCACUGAUCCACAAGGAGUCAUUUUCGCGGUUUCUGGAAAUGGAAGUGGUGUGAUAAGUAGAGGUGGAAGCAUUAUCUGGUCGUCAAAACCAUUGGGAGUGGCAUCAAAUCCAGUUUUAAAGCUCCUGGAAACUGGAAACCUGGUUGUUGUAGACGAUGCGAGGCAAGGCUACUUAUGGCAGAGCUUUGAUUAUCCAACUGACACCUGGUUGCCAGGAAUGAAACUGGUGGCCAACGGCAUGGAUGUUGGCAGAGAGACAUAUUUGACAUCAUGGAACAAUUCAGACGAUCCUUCGCCAGGCGAGUUUCAUUUCAAGAUUGACAAUCAGGGCUUGCCUGAUUUGGUCGUUUACAGAGGAGAAACCAAAAUAUUUCGAGCUGGAAAGUGGAAUGGAAUUCACUUAACCAGCCUUCCACCUUUUCCAAGUCCCACUGUUCAAGUUUACUUGGCUUUCCAAGGGGAGAGCUUAGCAUCCGUGAUGGAAAGGCCUUAUAACAGCUCAAUUUUCACAAGGUUACAGCUAGACGCAUCCGGUUCACUCCGGCGGUAUACUAUGAGCUCAACAAAAGAUACGUGGAAUCAUGUAUUCACAUUUCCAACAGACAAGUGUGAUGAAUAUGGUUACUGUGGUCCGUAUGCAAUCUGCAGAAUCGAGAAACAGCAAAGAUGCGAGUGUUUCAAGGGAUUCUCCCCCAAGGUACAAAAUGAUUGGGACCGUCAAGAUUGGCGUGGUGGAUGCAGGAGAGAUGAGCCGUUGAAUUGUGAGGCUGGAGAUGAUUUUCAUGAGGUUACUGGGGUUAGAUAUCCUGAUAUGCUGCAGUUUUGGAUGAAUAUGAGUAUGAGCCUCGGAGAAUGUAGAGCUUUGUGCUUGACAAACUGCAGCUGCACCGCGUAUGCAAAUCCAUACAUAACCAAUGGAGGCAGUGGCUGUCUCAUGUGGUUAGGAGACCUCAUUGAUAUCAGAGAGCUUCCUGGAGCCGAUAGUAAACAGAAUAUCUACAUUCGCUUACCAUGGGAACCAGGUUCUACAACAAACCUUGAGAAGAAGAUGAAGAAGAGAAGGCCUUCAAAACUAGUACUGAUAUUAGUUGCAUCUGGAAUUCUUUUGUCAGGCUUUAUCGGUGGAGGAAUACUUCUAAUGGCAAGACGAAAGAGAAGAGCAUUGAAAGCCAACCGUGAAGAUCUAGAAUUGCCUAUAUUCAAGUUGGCAACCAUCGUUGCAGCAACAAAAGAUUUCUCAAGGGAAAACUUGAUAGGAGAAGGAGGUUUCGGGCCUGUAUACAAGGGGAACUUAUCUGCAACCGAAGAAAUAGCUGUUAAAAGAUUGUCAAGAACUUCGCAACAAGGCAUUAAAGAGUUCAAGAAUGAAGUUAUCUUGAUUGCCAAACUUCAACAUAGAAACCUUGUCAGACUUUUGGGGUGCUGCAUUGAAGGAGAAGAAAGAAUGCUGAUCUAUGAAUACCUGAAGAAUAAAAGCCUCAACUAUUUUGUUUUCGAUCAAAAUCAAAGGAAACUUUUGACCUGGCCUAAGCGCUUUGACAUAAUCAUGGGAAUAGCUAGGGGGCUGCUAUAUCUUCAUCAAGACUCCAGAUUAAAGAUUAUCCAUAGGGAUCUAAAGACAAGCAAUAUUCUACUAGAUGGAGAUUUGAAUCCGAAGAUUUCAGACUUCGGGUUAGCAAGAAUUUUUGGAGAGGGUCAAUGUAUAGCUAGAACCAGAAGAGUUGUUGGGACAUAUGGCUAUAUGGCUCCAGAAUACGCUAUUGAUGGGAAGUAUUCGGUGAAAUCUGACAUCUUUGCCUUAGGAGUGAUAUUGUUAGAGAUUGUGAGUGGAAAGAAGAACAGAGGCUUCGACCACUAUGAUCAUUUUCAUAGCCUUUUGGGACAUGCAUGGUUGCUGUGGAAAGAAAACAACAUUCUGGAGCUAAUGGACGAAUGUUUGAGCAAUACAUUUAUCGAAUCUCAAGUGAAGAGAUGCAUACACGUCGGGUUAUUAUGUGUUCAAAAAUUUGCGGAAGAUAGGCCAAUCAUGUCAUCAGUGGUUUUCAUGUUAGGAACUGAUGGAGCAGUUCUUCCCGAACCUAAGGAGCCUGGGUUUUUCAACGAAAGGAGUCCGAGCUGCAUAACAAUUACUUGUCAAGAAACACUCACUAUCACGGAGAUGGAAGCCAGAUGAGGAGAUCUCACAUUCUACAAACAAUAAUGCCUUAGCUCUCUUGAAAAAUGAAUGCUGGUUAAUAACCUUAUCCUUUGAUUGUAAACGGAAUCAUCUAUGGUUUCCAAAUGAAAAUCUUUUGUGUAGAAAAACAUAAAUCCUUUUUCUGGUUUUGGAUUGAUGAUACACGGAGAAGAUGCCGGUUGUUGAAACCUUUUGAUUAAUUGCAUGUAGAAUAUGCUCA